CUUUCUUUCGAGCAUGCAAUUCAUCAGCCAGCUGAUGAUGACUCGAUGAGACGAGGAUUUGGAUUCUCACGCUCAAAUUCGCGCUUCUGAACCAGGUCACAUGAAAUGAAAGGUGACCUUGUGAAACGUAUACAAAUGCCAUGAGCUGAGAUCCCGAGACCGGGCAAAUGGGGGGGAAGCGCAAGCAGCCAGCUGAACCGCUCCCGGGACAGCAGAAGUUGACAUCCUUUUUUGGCGUAACAGCUUCAAAUGGGCGCAGCGCUGGAGGGACUGCAUCAGCGACGCUGGCUGUGUCGGGAACGGCAGCGAGCCCAGCGCCGAGCAUCAGCGCCGCACACACCGCGCAGGCAGCGCAGGUCUCCGGCGUCGCGGCACCCAGCCCCAGCCGGCAGCACCGCCCCGGGAUGAGCGCCGCAGCCAGCGCCGCGCCCGGCGGCAGCGCGGCCGCUCCGCAGGCCGUGCACAGCCCCGGCCGCGCUGCCCACCCAGGUGUCGUGGCCGUAAGCCCUGGACGCGGCGCGCAAGCCGCUUCCAGCCUCACGGCCGCACACCGCCCGGCCGGCGCGGCGCCGGCUCCAGCCCAUACCCCGCCUCCUCCAAAGCAGCCCAUCGCCCAGCUGCCGCUACACCACCCGCCGCACGACGGGGCCAUACCCAUGACCUCGGCUGCAGCGCCGCCGGCAUCACCGCAGCGCUCUGCCAUGCAGCAGCAGCAACAACAGCGGCCCGCCCGCAGCGGCCUGCCGCCGGGCGCCUGCCCCGCUCAGCAGCUGCUGCCUGGCGCCCCGCCACCGAAGAAGCCGCCAGCCGGGACCGCGCCCUCAACCCAAAGCGGCCGCGGCAAGGCCAAGACAGCCGCUACUGGCGCUGCUACUGCCACCACCACGGCAUUGGACUCGAGCGGCGGAGCCGCAGCGCAGCAGCCGCAGCAAGCAGUGCCGGCGCCGUCGCAGUCCGCGCGCCGCCGCGGCGCAGCGUCAUCAGGUGGUGUUGCUGGCGGCGGCAGCAGCAGCGCCGCCGCGGCCCGUGCCGCUGCCUCUGCAGCUGCCGGUGCAGGUGCGGGCGGCGUGUGGGGAACCGCUGGCGCUGCUGCCGCGGCGGUGGCGGCUGUGCACCCGUACCACAUAAAGUAUGAGGUGGGGGCCGCUGCGGCGAGGCGUGUGCGGGUGCUGUACGGCAUCGCGGACGCCGGAGACCCGGAGACGGCGCACAACAGGUACCAGCGCCUGACCAGCCAGCUGGCACCGCCCGCGGUGGACGCAGGGGGCGACGUGGCGGGUGGCGGUCGCGGUCGCGGUGGCGGUGGCGGUGGUGGUGGUGGCGGUGGCGGUGGUGGUGGUGGCGGCGUCGGUGCAAAAUAUGCUCCUGGUGGACCGACGGGGCCUGCUGGUCAUCACCAGCAGCAGCAGCAGCAGCACCACCACCACAACCACCAACACCAACACCAACACCAACACCAACAGCACCACCACCACCAGCAGCAGCAGCAGGACCAUUACCAUCACCAGCAGCAGCAGCAGCAGCAGCCCAGCUCGUCAGCGGCCACCCACGCGGCCAGCGGCAGCGCGCCGGCGUUGCGGAGCCACGCCGAGCGGUCACCUUUUGGCGGAGACACUGCUUCCUCACCGCCGCGGUGGGCGCGGCAUCAGCAGGAUGCAGCGAUGCUGGGCGCAGUGCUUCCGAGGAUGACGCCGGGCACAGGGCCAGGCACGGGAGUAGGGUGGGGAGUGGGCGGCAGCGCAAAUGCUGCCUGGCGCACGGCACAGUCGGGAUGUGGGUCGGUGGAGCCGCCACACUGCGGCGGCGGCGGCGGCGGCGUGGUGGCGACUUCGACUGCCGCGCCGCCGGACGGUGAGGAGGCGCUCUGGGCCCAGCCGCCGCCAUCUCGCACCCCUCCGCCGCCGCAACUUCAACACCAGCUUCUGCACCAGCCCCGCGGCCCCGCCCACCAUCAGCAGCCUGCGGCAUCAGGGCAGCCGCACCAUCACCAACUGACGCCACCGUCGCAAUGGCAACAACAGCAGCCGCGCCGGCAACAGCAGCAGCAGCAGGACUGGCAACAGCAGCAGCAGCAGCAGCAGCAGCCCCCACAGCAGCAGGACUGGCAGCAUCAUCACCAGCUCUGGAAUCGUCAGCAGCAGCCCACGCAGCAGCCCCCGUCGCAACAGCACUGGCCACAGCCACAGCCACAGCCACAGCCGAAAUCAGGUCAAGGGCCUCGCCAGGGCGCAUGGCAGCAGCAGGCACCCGGCGGUCAGGGGCUACAGCCAGCGCCAGGGCAGCAGGGGCAGGCGCCAGGGCAAGGGCAGGGUCAAGGGUCUUGGUCGCAGCAGCUGCAGCAGCCCGGGACGCUACGCCCACUGCAGCAGGCUUGGCACGGGCACGGACCAACACCGCCGCCUCUGCAAGGGCACCAGCAAGCAUGGCAGGAGCACGGACCGUCGCCGCCGCAGCAGCAGCCUUGGCAUGGGCACGGACCGUCACCGCCGCCGCCGCAACCGCAACAGCAGCAGGCAUGGCAGGGGCAGGGACCGUCACCGCCGCCGCCGCAAAUGCAACCGCAACAGCAGCAGGCAUGGCAGGGGCACGGACCGUCACCGCCGCCGCCGCCGCAGCCGCAACAGCAGCAGACAUGGCAGGGGCACGGACCGUCACCGCCGCCGCCGCCGCCGCCGCCGCAACAGCAGCAGGCAUGGCAGGGGCAGGGGCGCGGACCAACACCGCCGCCGCCGCAACAGCAGCAGGCAUGGCAGGGGCAGGGGCGCGGACCAACACCGCCGCCGCCGCAACAGCAGCAACCAUGGCAGGGACAAGAGCAGGGGCGGGGGCAACACCGGGUGCCAAUGGGUGCCAAGGCGGCUCAGGCGGGGCCGUGGCAGGCGCCGAGCCCACAGCACCACCCAACGGCUGCUGGGCAAGGGCAAGGGCAAGGGCUGGUGCAGGGGCUGGUGCAAGGGCAAGGGGCCGCGGCGUGGCCCGGACAGCAGCAGGGGCAGCGUUGGCAACAACCGGCAAUGCAGGGGCCGGCAGCAGUAGCAGCGGCAGCGGCAGCAGGGUCGGCGCCGCCCCAGGGGCAAGGCACCUGGCCGCAGCAAGGCCCAGCAGGGCAAGGGCCGCAUCCUGGGGCGUGGCAACCGCAGCAGCAUCACCAUCACAACCACCAACAGCAGCUGCAACAACCAUGGCCGGGAGCGGCGGCGCCCGGGCCUCGCCCGGCCGAGUGGCAGCAGCCCCAGCCCCGGUUCCAGCAGCCGCCGCGCAAUGGGCCACCAGCAGCGGCAGUAGCCGCGGCGGCGGCAGCGGCGGCAGGGCCCAGCAGUAGCAGCUGGCAGGCGCCAGCAGCAGUAGCAACAGCAGCAGCAGCAGGAACAGCAGCAGCAGCAACAGCAGCACCAGGAACAGCAGCAGUAGGAACAGCAGCAGCAGGAAGAGGAGCAGGUGCUGGCGCUGGUGCUGGCUCAGUGGGUUGUGGUGGGGGUGCUAGUGGGGGUGCUGGUGCUGCAGCCAAUGCAACUGGCGGCGGCGGCGGCGCCGGCGGAAUCGCGCCGUGGAGGCGGGAUCUGAACGAGUCGCAGCUGCAGGCGGUGACCGGAGACCUGGAGCGGGCACAGCUCAUCAUUGCAGGCGCCGGCACGGGCAAGACCACCACUCUCAUCAAACGCAUCUUGUACCUCAUCCAGGAGAAGCGUGUGCCGCCGCGCCACAUCCUCUGUAUCACCUUCACCAAUAAGGCCGCCGCCGAGGUGCGCGAUCGGCUGGACCGGGCCGGCGUGGACCUGGCCGGCCUCAUCGCUGCCACCUUCCACAGCUGGGCUUACGGAUUGCUGCGCACCUACCACCGGGCGGCCGGCUUCGCGCAGUGCCCCACCGUAUGGAAAGACGCCGACCUGCUCCGGGCCGUAGCACUGGCCAUUCGCCUGUCGAGCCUGGAGCGCGGUCGCGGCGACAUGGCGGCCUGGCUGGGGCUGGACGGCGGCGCCGAGCCCGCCACCUGGGCGCAGGUGCUGGCGGCAGCGCAGGCGCAGCACCCAGACAUCUGCAGCAGCUGCGCGGAGCAGGCGAGGCAGCUGGAGGCCAAGCAGCAGAAGCGCUCCAAGAAGAAGAAGAGGGACGCAGCGGAGGACGCGGCAGGCGCUGCGGCAGCAGGCGGCGGCCCCGACGCGUCCCCUGCUGGCGCGGAGGCCGCCGCGUGUGCAGGUGCGGCGGAGAGCGAAGGCACCGGAGCCGGAGCCGGCCGCGGCGGACGAGGCAAGGGGCGCGGCGGUGGCGGUCGCGGGCGGGGCCGUGGUGGCCGCGGCAAGGCCGGUGGCCGUGAGCCGGAUGGCGGCGGACGGGCAGGCGGCGGUGGAAGCGAGACCGCGGGUGCCGCUGGUGCUAGUUACGGGGAGGCGAGUCCUGGUGGCGGGGGCCGCGCCGGUGCCGGCGGUGGCAAGCGUCAGAGGACCGCAUCCGCCGCCGCUGCCACCAGCACUGCCGCCACGCCCGCCGCCGCGUGGCACCACCAGCAGCCCCUGAGCCAGCAGCAGCACCAGCACCAGCAGACGCCCACGAAGCCUGUGGGGCCGGAGGGGCACGAGCGGCAUGGCGCCGCUGCUGGCGCCACCGCUGACGCCGCCGGGGCAGAGGCCCAGCCUCCCCAGCCGCAGCCUCCCCAGCAGCCGCAGCCUCCUCAGCAGCAGCAGCCUCCGCAGCAGCAGCCUCUGGAGGAGCGGCUGCUGUACAAGACUGAGUUUAUAUCGGGUCUGUACGCGCGACUGCAGGCCAUACACGCGCCCACAGCCACUGAGAAGCUGGGGGCCAAGCCCAAGCCGGCCACGGUGAAGGAGGAGCUGGGGUGGAUCGACUUCUUCAAGCGCCAGACCGUAGACAACAUCUCCCAGUACCCCGGCAAGCAGAUGCUGUUCGAGACCUACACCCGCAUCCUGCGCGACGCCAAUGCGAUUGACUUCAACGACAUGAUGCUGCUGCUGGUGCAGCUCAUACGGGAGCGGCCGGGGGUGCUGCAACGGCUGCAGGACCGCCACCGCUUCCUCCUGGUGGACGAGUACCAGGACUGCUCACUCAUGCAGGUGGCGCUGGUGUCGGAGGUGGCGGGCACUCAUGGCCACGUGACGGCGGUGGGCGACGACGCCCAGUCCAUAUACCGCUUCCGGGGCGCCGCGCCGGGCGUGUUCGGGCUGUUCAAGGACAUUGCGGAGCGGCUGGCUCUGAGUGCGGGGCGGCCGCGGGAGGCGGCGCUGCAGCAGGUGGUGUUGGAGCUUAACUACCGCAGCACACCACGAAUCCUGUCUGUGGGGCAGUUCGUGCUGCAGGCGGAGGGCGGCGCGCCGGCGGCCACGGCCAAGACGUUGCGCGCCACCAAGCCCGACACGGGGAACAAGGUGGUGCACGUGGACGCGGGGCUGCCGGAGGAGGAGGCGGAGUGGAUCGCGGCGGAGGUGGAGCGGCUGAACAAGGAGGAGUUGGUGCCGUACGGCGGCAUGGCUGUGUUAUACCGCUGCUUCAAACUGGCGGGCGCCAAGACCCACGCGCCGCUGCAGGAGGCGCUGCGCCACCGCGGCAUCCCCUUCCGACUGGUCCGCGACACGUCCGUGUUCGAGCGCCGCGAGGUCCAGGACCUGCUGGCCUACCUGCGGCUGGCGCUCAACCCGGCUGACGACGGCGCCUUCCUGCGCGUGUACAACACCCCGCCGCGGCGUCUGGGGGACGCCAAGGCGGCGUUCAUCACACGACUGACGGAGCUGCAGGAGACCCUGGACCGUCGCCGAAAGGAGCUGCAGCGCCGUCGCGGCCAGCCGCAGCCACAGCGGCAGCCGCAGCCACAGCGGCACGGAGAGCACCACGCCGGGCGGGGCGAGCCCGGCCCCGCAGCGGAGCCGCCCGCCGCAGCCGCAGCCGCGGCCUCCAGCGUGCGGCCGCCGGAGCAUAGUCUGUACGGGCUGUGCGCGGUGCUGCUUAGUGGCGGCCCGGCGGCGGUGGCGGCGGCGGCGGGUGCAGAUGGCGGCGGCGGCGGCGGCGGUCGGGAGGGCGGCGCUGAGGCGGCGGUUUGGGAGGCACUGGGCGGCGGCGGCGCGGCGGCGGCGCUUACGGCAGCGCACCGCAGGGCCCUGGAGGGCUUUGUGGAGGUGGUGGAAUCUCUGCGGCGCGACAUCUGGCAGCUCGGCCCCGCAGGAGCACUGGUCAGGGUGGUGGAGCUCACGCGCUACGUGAAGUGGUGGAGCGAGUUGAAGACCAACAAGGAGAAGGCGGCAGCAGACACGGCGAUGGUAGCGGCGGCGUCACCCGGCGGCGGCAGAGCCGCCCGGACAGCAGCGGCGGCGGUGCAUCGCGCGGUGGCGGCGCAGGGCUCGGACCUGGAGUACACCGACGACGACGAGGAGGACGAAGUGCAGCAGGCCGGCCCAGCAGACGCCGCGCAGCCGCCGCCCACCCCCGGCUCACCCGGUGGCACACCCGGCACGCCGCGGCGGCAGCAGCGCACCGCCCGCCGGCGGCCGCCCGCCGCCGAGGGAGCCGGCGGCGCCGACGGUGGCGAUGGCGAUGAGGAUGAUGAUGACGGCGACGGAGAUGAGAAUGAUGAGGACAACGAUGAGGGCAAUGAGGAUGACGAUGAGGAGGAGGAGGAGGACGCCUUCGGCCAAGGGGAGGCGAACUGCGAGCCUCUGCCGCGCGGCCUCGCGCCGGAGCCGCGGGCGCUGCCGCACCCCGAAUGGCGCAGGGUGCUUGGCCUUCGAGUGCUCUUCAAGGAGGCCCAGGUGUUCGGUCGCCGAUGGCGGCUUCACAACGAGGCGCCCUUCCCACCCACCGCUGCCGACAGUGGCGACGACAACACUGAGCAGCAGCCAGGGCCCGCGCAGGAGGAGCAGCAGCAGCAGCAGCAGCAGGCGCAAGGCCACCCAAUGCCUCCGGGGCCGCAGCAGCCGCAGCAAUGGCCGCCGCCGCUUGUGCCGCUGCACGCGCCGCGGCCGCAGGCCCCGCCACAGCCCUUCGGUGCAACGCCGGCGCACGUCCCGGGCCAGGGGCAGGGGCAGGGGCCGGUUGGUGCGGCUGCUGCCGCGCCGACAGAGGAAAGCGGUGACGGAGGCGGGGAGGGGGAGGGGCUGCAGGUUCCGGACCUGUUCCGGAUUGCGACGCGGGCGCUGCUGAACUCCUACACGGGCGAGGAGGUGCAGGCGGCGCUGGGCUGCGUGUGUCCGCACACGAGUUCGCCGCGGGUGAUGCCGUUUGUGUUGGAGCAGGUGUUCGGCGAGCACGGCCGCGGGCCGCUGGCUCUGAGGGACUUCCUGGCGCACGUGGCGCUGUCUGACAAGGACGUGGAGUCUGGCGGCCACGACGGCGCGGCGGCCGGCGCGGCGGCGGCCAAGCGCUCCGCUGUCACCGUCUCCACCAUCCACGCCGCAAAGGGCCUGGAGUUCCCCGCGGUGUUCGUGGCCAGGUGGAGCCAGGGCUACCUGCCCACCCUGUACCGCCCCGACAAGAAGCGCGGCAAGAACAUGAGCGAAGCGGAUCGGGCGGCCUUCGAGGAGCAGGACGCGCAGGAGCACACGGAGGAGGAGCGGCGGCUGGCGCACGUGGCCGUCACCCGUGCCAUGGAGCGCCUAUAUAUCACAUCAAUUCGGGUGGGCCAGAUGUUUGGCGAGCCCAUCCUGGUGCCCCCCUCCAGCAUCAGCCUGCCCGCUGACCCCGCGGUGGUGGAGCGGCGGGUGCUGCCGGUCAGCAAUAAGGAGCGCAAGUUGGCGGAGCGGGCGGAGGAGAUCGCGGAACGGCGAGUGAACGGCCUGGGUUAGCUGGCUGGCUGGCUGGCUGCGCCUGCGACCCGGACGCGCAGUAACACAAUAGCGUGUGUCGAGCGGGUGGGCAGGUGCUUUGAAUGUUCUUCAUACCGUAUUGUUUACCUCGAGGCACCGCAUGAGCCUCAGAGAUUGCGAACUGUGUAUUGGCGGGGCAGGUAGGACGUGACCGUGAGGCCGUAGCUGGCCGUGGUGCGUGCGAGUGUAGCAGGAACGCUGUAAAAGGACUUGAUGACGAGCUGGGGCUACCCUUAGAGUAGGGACUUACGCGCCGUCAGGCCUUCCUCCCACAGCGAGCAACAGGACAGCGGGUGCAGCGGCAGCUUGAAGCCGGUUGCGAUUCCCAGUAGUCAUUUUCUUUUACCGAUCAUGCGGUAAUACGGUAGGUAAUUGCGGCAGAUGCAUGGUGUGAACACGUGGGACGUGUGUAAGCGCACGUGACUGUUACACUGUUAUGCCAUUACGCCGGCGGUGCAUUUCGCCGUCACGGUGUGUGCGGGUCUAGGGGUGAUGCGUGUCAGGGCUAGGGUUUGUGUGUACGCGUGCGUGACUUGGCGAGCAUGACACUUGCCGUACGGUUGGUAGGCGCACUUAGCGGACGGUGACGCCUGGUAUCAGUGCCGCUGUCCGCUGAUACUCCACAUUGGCAACGUCGCUGUGACUCGGAGCGAGCAAACUGACCCCCUGUAAACUGCGAGGAGG